GUCCGCCAUAAACCCCACAGAAGAAGAAGAGGAGGAAGAAGAACGUUGUCGUCGAAGAGGAAUGUUUAAGAGCUGAGUGAGCUGUGACUUACAUCUAAAACCAGUCUCUCUGGGGAGAGAGAGGAGGAGACCACUGCCUCUAAAAUGAGUCUCUCUGGGGAGAGAGCAGGGGACCACUGCCUCUAAAAUGAGUCUCUCUGGGGAGAGAGAAGAGACAACUACCUCUAAAAUGAGUCUCUGGGGAGAGAGAGGAGGAGACCACUGCCUCUAAAAUGAGUCUCUCUGGGGAGAGAGAGGAGGAGACCACUGCCUCUAAAAUGACUCAAGACACCAGUUCUAAAAGUGUCCAGAAGCCCAGAGCAGAGUCACCUACAACCAGCCUGCUAUCAAUGAAGAGUGAUCAGCCACCUGCUUUCAGCCAGGAACCAUUACCAGAUGACAAUAAGGAAGUGGAGAGUUUGGGCAGUGAGGAUGCAUUAAAGAUCACACACAACCUUCUGGACAGAAGAAGUCAAACUCUGCUGACAGUCCAACAAGACAUUAAGGCUAAACUGAAACACAAGUAUCAACACAUAUCUGAAGGAAUUGGACACCAUGGAAACCAAAGUCUGUUAAAGGAUAUUUACACAGAGCUCUACAUCACAGAGGGUGGAAGUGGAGGGCUUAAUAAUGAACAUGAGGUGAGACAGAUAGAGAUGGCAUCCAAGAAACAAACCACACAAGAGACACCAAUCAAAUGCAACGACAUCUUCAAGCCUUUACCUGGACAAGACAAACCUAUCAGAACUGUGCUGACAAAAGGAAUCGCUGGCAUUGGAAAAACAGUCUCUGUGCAGAAGGUCAUCCUUGACUGGGCAGAGGGAAAAGCAAAUCAGGACGUUCAUUUCAUGUUUCCUCUUCCUUUCCGUGAUCUGAACCUGAAAAAGGACCAAUACAGUCUGGUGCAACUUCUUUCCCACUACUUCUCAGAGCUGAAAGAGAUUGACAGCAUUGAAGAUGGUGAAACCAAAACUGUUUUCAUUUUUGAUGGUCUGGAUGAGUGUCGACUUCCUCUAGACUUCAAAAACAAUGAGAAAUGCUGUGAUGUCACAAAGCCAACCUCAGUGGACGUGCUGCUGACAAACCUCAUCGAGGGGAAUCUGCUUCCCUCUGCUCUCCUCUGGAUAACCACACGGCCUGCAGCAGCCAAUCAGAUCCCUCCUGAGUGUGUUGACCAGGUGACAGAGUUACGAGGGUUCAAUGAUCCACAGAAGGAGGAGUACUUCAGGAAGAAAAUCACAGAUCAGAACAUGGCCAAUGAAAUCAUCAAACACAUGAAGAAAUCAAGGAUCCUCCACAUCAUGUGCCACAUACCAGUCUUCUGUUGGAUAUCAGCUACUGUCCUUGAGAUGAUGCUGAAAGUGGCAGAGAAGGAUGAAGUCCCCAAAACUCUGACCCAGAUCUACUCACACUUCAUACUCAUCCAAAUCAUUGUGAAGAACAGGAAGUACAACAAAGCCACAGAGACAAACCCAAAGGAACUGUCUCAGUCAGACAAAGAGAUGAUCCUGAAACUGGCAAAGCUGGCUUUCCAACAGCUGCAGAAGGGCAACCUGAUCUUCUAUGAGGAGGACCUGAGAGAGUGUGGCCUUGAUGUCACAGAGGCAUCAGAGUACUCAGCAUUGUGUACAGAGAUCCUUAAAGAAGAAUCUGGGCUGUACCAAGAGAAGGUCUACAGCUUUGUGCAUCUGACCAUGCAGGAGUUUCUAGCAGCAGUGCAUGCUUUAGAAUCAUGUCUGGACAAGAAGGAAAAUGUUUUCCCUCCUAAAGCAGUCACUAGUGAUGAUGAUGAUGAUGUCACUAAGAGUCAAGAUAAUUAUGAAAAGAGCCGAUUCAAAUUCUGGUCAGACAAGUUGAAGUCAGACAAGUUGAAGUCAGACAAGUUGAGGUCAGACAAGUUGAAGUCAGACAAGUUGAAGUCAGACAAGUUGAAGUCAGACAAGUUGAGGUCAGACAAGUUGAAGUCAGACAAGUUGAAGUCAGACAAGUUGAGGUCAGACAAGUUGAAGUCAGACAAGUUGAAGUCAGACAAGUUGAAGUCAGACAAGAUGAAGUCAGACAAGUUGAGGUCAGACAAGUUGAAGUCACACAAAUUGUCUGACUUACACAGGAGAGCAGUGGACCAGGCCUUGAAGAGUAAGAAUGGACACCUGGACCUGUUCCUCCGCUUCCUUCUGGGUCUCUCACUGGAGUCCAAUCAGAAUCUGUUACGAGGCCUUCUGACACAGACAGGAAGUUCAACACAGACCAAUGAGGAAACAGUCAGGUACCUUUCAGACAAGAUCGAGGAGGAAUCCUCACCAGAAAGGAUCAUCAACUUGUUCCACUGUCUGAAUGAACUUGGUGCCAACUCUCUAGUUGAAGACAUGCAGACCUCCCUGCGAUCAGAAACACUUUCAGCAACAAGACUAAAACCUGACCAAUGUUCAGCCCUGGCCUACCUGUUACUGAUGUCAGAGGAGGUGCUGGAGGAGUUUGACCUGAAGACAUACAACACAUCAGAGGAAGGUUAUCAGAGGUUGUUGCCGGUAGUGAAAACCUGCAAAAGAGCACUACUGGAUCACUGUAAACUCACAUAUAAAUCCUGGGAGACUCUGACCUCAGCUCUGCAGACACCAAACUCCCCUCUGAGAGAACUGGACCUCAGCUACAAUGACCUGGGAGACAGAGGAGUGGAGCUGCUCUGUGUUGGACUAACCAGUCCACUCUACAACAUACAGACACUAGUUCUGGGUCAGUGUGGUCUGACAGAGGGUUGCUGUUCACAUCUGGCCUCAGUCCUGAGUUCACCCAACUCACAACUGAAACACCUGGAGCUGAGAGACAAUGACCUGCAGGACUCAGGAGUUACAUUGCUGUCUGCUGGACUGAAGGAUCCAGACUGUAAACUACACACACUGGGGCUGUCUGGCUGUCUGGUCACAGGGGAGGGCUGUGCUGCUCUUUCUUCAGCUCUGAGGUCAAACCCCUCCCACCUGAAAGAGCUGGACCUGAGCUACAAUCACCCAGGAGACUCUGCAGGGGGACUGCUUUCAGCUGCUCUGGUGGAUCCCACAUAUAAACUGAUGAAGCUGAAUGUGGAUCAUGGUGGAGAGUGCUGGCUGAAAUCAGGGCUGGGGAAAUAUGCCUGUCAUCUCACCCUGGACCCAAAUACAGCACACCCAAACCUGAUACUGUCUGAGGGGAACUGUAAAAUGACAUGUGUGGUGGAGAAACAGCAUUAUGAAGACCAUCCAGACAGAUUUGAUUGUCUUCCCCAAGUUCUCUGCAGAGAAGGCUUAUCUGGAUGUCGUUAUUACUGGGAGGUGGAGAGGGAUGGUGACUGGGAUGGUGGCAAGGCUUACAUUGGUGUGGUGUACAAAGGAAUAAAGAGGAAGAGAGAAGAGGAUGACAGUUGGAUUGGAGCCAAUAAGGAGUCCUGGUGUUUAGUUUGCUCUGACAGUGAUUAUCACUUUUACCAAGCUGGAGUCCAUAGCAGAUCCAUCUCUGGUCCUGUUCCUAGCACAGUUGGUGUGUAUCUGGACUGGCCAGCUGGUACUUUGACCCUCUAUAGUGUGUCCUCCUCUGGUACACUGACACACCUUUACACAGAACACACCAGAUUCACUGAACCCCUCUAUCCUGGGUUUGGGUUUGAGGUUUCCUCCUCAGUGACCUUGUGUCAGAGAGAUGACCAACACAUUCAGAGGUGA